UGUCGUGGGCCGUUGGGGGAAGUGGGUGGCAGGCGGUGGCGCGCUUGGGUUAGGCGCCAAGGCCAGAGGCGUAACUACGGGUAGGGCAGGCAGGGCACGUGCCCUGGGCGCCACUUGGGGAAGGGACGUCCAAAAGUGCCAUGACCCCGCCCCCACCGCCACCAAAUUUAUUUUUCAGUCAGCUGCAGCAGCGCCCCCCCCCCGCGAGCUCUUGACUCUGGCUGGCCUCGGUGCUUCGCUGGCCAGGAGUUCACCCCACCCACACCCAAUUCAUUUUUCAGGCAGCCGCGGCGCCACCAUGGCGCCCCCCCCAGCUCCGGCUGGCCUGGCUUGGGUGCUCUUCGCUUCAGGCGGCAUUUUUGGCCGCACGAUUACCUCCUCCUGAGUCCUGGUACUCCCGCCCCCCACUCACACGCAUGCGCGAGUUGAUCUGAUGAGAGCGAGGAGGAGUGCUGUGUAGCUUGCUGCUGCUGGCUGUGGCUCUCGAGACCCGUCGCCGCCACGUGUGAGGAGAGGAAGGAAGAGGAUCACCACCACCACCAUCAUCAAUAAAGUGUUCACAGCGGAGGAUCAGGCAUUCCCUCCCAAUACCAUUACAGCUUUCAUCUACUGUAGUUCUGUGACUUUGUUUUUCGCAAUCAUCAAGAUGGUCAGUUAUCGCCUGCAUCUUAUGUUUGAUAACGGAGAAGUUAUUCAACAAAAAGUCUCUUGGAGAGAAGGAAAGCAAAACAGAGAAUUUAAAAGAGAUAAUGCAAUUCGACAUAUAAAUCUUAGCAACAAUGUAGGGGACAAUGGUGUUAUUGAAGAGAUCAAGCGUAAUGGUUCCACGCCAACCAUCCACAGUAGUGUAAAAGUGCAGGCUAUACUCUCUCAUCAUUCUUCAGGAGUACUGGAGCUGCCAGCACAUGAAACUAUUGAAGAUCUGAAAGGAGUUAUGGUUUUGGAAGAUCCGCCUGCCCCACCACUUUCAUCUACCUCACCAUGUGUCAAAGCAGAUAUUCUAUCUGCUUCUAUGGCACUUAUGUCAAAUUCUACUACAUCAGCAAUAGUGGCCAAGCCAAGUGCUAUGGAGGCAUUUAUCAGUAGUGCAACCAGUGAAAAAGAAGAAAAAGUGCAGCCUUCUGGCCACAAUGGGAUAGAGGAUAUUCCUUUAGAUAAAAGCGUGGUCAAAAAAUUGCCAAAUCUUUCUUUGUCCCAGUAUGACAUUUUAAAAACUGGUCUUUCCUUUGAGCCAUGGGGCAGUGAUAAUUCAGUCAUCAUUUCGGAACAUUUAAGCAAUUCAAAAUGUUUCAAGAGAGAGAAAUUACUGGAUUCAUCAGCUCAAGACAACAUAACCAGUAGUUGCCCACAGUGCCACACAGUGGCAGCCAUGGGAAGUGAUGGACCUGUGGAAAGUUUUUAUGCUGAUGACCUGAAGGUACACCUCGAUGAUUCAGAGAGUGAGGUGGCUGUUGCUUUUGUUGACAAUUCCCUCUCUGGAGAUCCACUUACACUACAAGAGCCCAUUAAAAUAGUUAUCACUAUGAGCAGUACUCAGAACUCAACCACUGAUUUAGAAGGUUCACUCCAUCUGAAGGUGUUGGGCACUGAAAAAUCCAGCUCCAAUCCAGACUCAGGUGUUGCUAUGGCCAGUCAACACUGUAAACAAAAUAAUAAUGAACAGAUGAGAAUCCCUGUCAUCACUUUUGAGCUAUCCGAUGAUAGUGGAGGCCAUGCUUAUCAAGAAGCAAGUGAGAGUUUAAGAACGCCAGAGAAUUUAAAUAUUGAUGCAUCAUCCAACCAGUGUUCUGGGUAUGAAUCUGGGGAACCAGACAAUAUUGCAAAGGAACAUAAUGAUAAUCCUACUGAAGUAAGUUCUAGUCCAGGAAAUGCUUCUGAUAACUUAGCAGCCACAUCUUUACAUCCAAAGGAAGGGCAACAGAAUUUGGGCCUCCCCUCUUGUAAAACAGCUCAUGAGAAGAGACAUGCUCGUGUGCUCAGUGUGGACAGCGGAACAGAUGUCUUUUUAAGUAAGAAUUCUACAGAGACGGUCAGUGAUAAAGAAAAACUUUUGCCAACUUCUAAAUCUGACCUGGAAGCAAAAGAAGGACAGAUACCAAAUGAAUCAAAUUUCUUGGAAUUUGUCUCACUGCUGGAAUCCAUUAAUACCUCAAAGGCAACAGUAUCUGAUUGUAAACCAGAGACUGCAAAAGAUAUGGGGCAAGCAGGAGAUGGCUGUACAACAGAGAAAAAGGAAGGAACUCUGGAAACGGAAAAAAACUGUGCACAUGGUUCUUCUAAACAGGACAGAUCAGAAGUGCACAAUCAUGACUGUGCUGGUAUUCAUCCAAUGAUACCAGAGCCUGCCAAGUUCACUGCACAUUACCAGGGCACGAGGCAAAGGCAGAUAAUCUACCGGGUAACUUCGCAGCAAGACAGUUCUGUCUUGCAAGUCAUAAGUGGGCCCGAGGCGUCUAUGCAAGAAGAGAUGUCUGUGGAUGCAAUGCAUGUCUUCAUAGAUGAAAAUGGAGAAAUUAGAUCCUGUUAUUUAAAGGCUGGCAGUCAAAAAGAAGGAAAUAUUCAAAAUCCAGCAACCAACUGUGACUGUAUUUCUAAUGCUCAUGAAACCCAUUUCAGCUCCUCUAGUACAUCUACCUCCGAGAGCCAAGAAGCAUCCUCUGGUGAUCAUGGGCCAAGUGCAUUGCAACAGCAGCUCUUAUUGAUGGUGGCACGGAGAACCCUUUCAGAAACUCCACGGCAUCUUAGUCAAGACCUUGAGGAUUCUUCCUGUUCAUCAGCACAAAGAAGAAUUAACAGACAGUUUUACAAAUUUUUUGUAUGUCCUGGAAAAUGGAUAAAAAUCUGGUAUGAUCGACUUACCUUGUUGGCACUGCUAGAUAGGACAGAAGAUCUUAAGGAAAACAUUUUGGCAAUUCUACUAGUAAUCCUUGUUUCUUUUCUUGGCUUUCUAAUUAUGAACCAAGGUUUUUGCAAAGAUAUUUGGGUCCUCCUGUUCUGUCUUAUUAUGGCAAGUUGCCAAUACUCCCUUCUAAAGAGUGUUCAGCCUGACCCUGCCUCACCUAUACAUGGGCACAACCAGAUGAUAACAUAUAGCAGGCCUGUAUAUUUUUGUAUAUUGUGUGGCCUUAUUCUAUUGCUAGAUGCUGGAUCAAAAAAUAAAACCCCCUCUGUUUAUACCAUAUAUGGCCUGCAGCUCUUCUCACCUGGAACAUUUCAGGCAGCUAGAGACCAUGCAAUAGGAUUUUUAUAUUGCUUUCCUGCAAUUUCUCUUCUUGGCCUUUUCCCACAAAUCAACACUUUCUGUGUAUAUACCCUGGAACAAAUAGAUAUGCUACUAUUUGGUGGUUCCGCUGCUGCUGGGAUGAUAUCUUCACUAUACAGUAUUUCUCGAAGCUGUAUAGUUGUGAUUGUCCUAUAUUCAUUCUGUUUCAAUGCAGUAAAGGAACCAUGGGAUGCUCAACAUAUUCCUGCAUUGUUCUCUGCUUUCUGUGGCCUUCUAGUCGCACUUUCUUAUCAUCUUAGUAGGCAGAGCAGCGAUCCAUCUGUUUUAAUGUCUCUGAUUCAAUGUAAAUAUUUCCCUCACUUUCUGCAUCAACAUUUGGAAGAUUCACAAGCUGAUUCACUUCCUGAGAAGAUGAGAGAAUCAGUGAGGGAAACCUUGAAAUCAGAUCUCAUUGUGUGUUCUGUGGCUGCCAUGCUAUCAUUUGCAGUCAGUGCCAGUACUGUUUUCUUGUCGUUAGAGCCAUUUCUCAGCAUUGUGCUUUUCGCUUUAGCGUGGACUGUGGGAUUCAUAACACAUUACAUCCUUCCUCAGCUUCGUAAACACCAUCCUUGGUUGUGGAUUUCACACCCUAUCCUUAAAAAUAAAGAAUAUCGGCAGAGAGAAGUGAGAGAUGCUGCCCAUUUAAUGUGGUUUGAAAGACUGUAUGUGUGGCUUCAGUGUUUUGAAAAGUAUAUCUUGUAUCCUGCAAUAAUAAUGAAUGCCCUCACCAAUGAUGCUUUUUCAAUCAGCAAAUAUGAGAGACUAACCCCACACUGUGAUAUAUUUCUGAUUACAAUUGCGGGAAUGAAGUUACUGCGGUCUUCAUUUUGUAAUCCCAUUCACCAGUUUGUUACAUUGAGCUUUACUGUAAUCUUCUUCCACUUUGACUACCGCGAUAUCUCUAAGAACUUCUUAUUGAAUUUCUUCAUGAUGUCCAUUGUGUUCAAUAAGCUAUGGGACCUACUGCAGAAAUUACAGUUUAUAAUGACGUAUAUUGCUCCUUGGCAAAUUGCUUGGGGCUCUUCAUUCCAUGUGUUUGCUCAGCUCUUUGCAAUACCUCACUCUGCAAUGCUCUUCUUUCAAACUCUGGCCACUGCAAUUUUUUCUACUCCACUGAGUCCAUUCCUAGGGAGCGUCAUUUUCCUCACAUCAUACGCCAGACCAGUCAAGUUCUGGGAAAGGAACUACAACACAAAACGUGUGGACCAUUCCAAUACACGACUGGCACUUCAAAUUGAGAAGGAUGCAGGAAAUGAUGAUAACAACCUCAACUCCAUAUUUUAUGAGCAUCUGACAAGAUCUCUCCAAGAGUCUCUUUGUGGAGAUUUGAUUCUUGGACGCUGGGGAAACUACAGCUCUGGGGACUGUUUUAUUUUGGCGUCAGAUUAUUUAAAUGCCUUUGUUCACUUGAUUGAAAUUGGAAAUGGUCUCGUCACUUUUCAACUCAGGGGACUAGAAUUUCGAGGGACAUACUGCCAGCAAAGAGAAGUGGAGGCAAUAACAGAAGGAGACGAGGACAAUGAAGGCUGCUGCUGCUGCAAGCCAGGCCACUUGCCUCACUUGCUCUCAUGCAACGCAGCUUUUAACCUUCGAUGGCUGACCUGGGAAAUAACACGGACUCAGUAUAUCCUGGAAGGGUAUAGCAUUAUUGACAACAACGCUGCAACAAUGCUCCAAGUCUUUGAUCUGCGAAGAAUACUCAUCAGAUACUAUAUUAAGAGCAUUAUAUACUUUACUGCAAGUUCUCCCAAAAUCCUACACUGGAUAAGAGAUGAAUCAUUCCAGAAGACACUGCAACCUUUCUCCAAAUGGCAUUAUAUAGAACGUGACCUUGCAAUGUUCAAUAUCAACAUUGAUGAUGACUAUAUUCCCUGCCUCCAAGGAAUCACCAGGGCAAGCUUCUGCAGUGUUUACCUGGACUGGAUUCAGUUUUGUGCUGGAAAAAGAGUGGAGCCUGUAGAAUGUGAUGAAGAUUCUGCUUUAGUAACCCUUUCUUUUGCCCUGUGCAUUCUGGGUAGAAGAGCACUAGGAACAGCAUCACAUAAUAUGGCUAUCAGUUUGGAUUCCUUCCUGUAUGGACUCCAUGCCUUAUUCAAAGGAGAUUUCCGAAUAACAUCUAGGGAUGAAUGGGUGUUUGCAGAUAUGGACCUAUUACACAAGGUUGUUGCGCCUGCAAUCAGAAUGUCAUUGAAACUUCAUCAGGACCAGUUUACCUGUCCGGAUGAAUAUGAGGAUCCUGCAAUCCUUUAUGAGGCAAUUCAGUCAUUUGAAGAAAAAGUUGUGAUUUGCCAUGAAGGAGAUCCUGCCUGGCGUAGCGCUGUCCUCUCAAACAAGCAGGAGCUGCUCACUUUGAGGCAUGUGGUGGAUGAAGGGACAGACGAAUACAAAAUAAUUAUGCUCCACAAAAGCUACUUGAGCUUCAAAGUUAUCAAGGUUAACAAGGAAUGUGUCAGAGGGCUCUGGGCUGGACAGCAACAAGAACUGAUUUUUUUACGCAAUCGUAACCCAGAGCGAGGCAGUAUUCAGAACAAUAAGCAGGUUUUGAGGAACCUAAUUAAUUCUUCAUGUGACCAGCCCCUGGGAUACCCUAUGUAUGUUUCCCCUUUAACCACAUCAUACAUAGGAACCCACAGGCAGCUGAAGAAUCUUUGGGGUGGACCAAUUAGCCUGGACAACAUCAAAACGUGGUUCAAAAACAAAUGGCUUAGAAUGAGGAAGGACUGUCAUCCAAGCCAUAACAGCAGAGGCAACGUUGAUGAAGGAGACAGUCGCAGUGGAUCUUCUUCCAGUAGCAAUCCAGCUAAUAACACAAGCCAGAGCAGCAGCUCCCAGCACACCAGGAACAGCACGCCCCAGCUACAGCCUUCUUUACACGUUGCCCAGUUCCCAGGCAGAAGAAAAUUCAGGAGUCAGUCUGUUCAGACACAUGCAGCUUUAAGUCAAAGACCCCCUCGUUCAAGUCAUUCUGGACCCAUCUUAGAAACCCACCAGCCCUUCAUCCAGAUGUCCACCUCUGCCCAUGAAAUUGCCCAAGGGCUUUCUGGCAGCCAGCUCUCCUUCCAUAAUUCAGCAACCUCUGUGUUCUCCCAAACACCUGCUAUCCCAACCCUGGGCCAGCUCACUGUCCAGGAAAGAGCUGGUGCUAUGCUUCGAUCUAGUUUGGCCUCUUCCACCAGUUCAACACUCAGCCUUUUGUUUGGCAAGAGAAGUUUUUCAAGUGCGUUGGUGAUUUCUGGGCUCUCUGCUGCUGAUGGAGGAAACACCACAGAUACUCAGUCAUCCAGCAGUGUUAACAUUGCAAUGGGCCCAUCUGCUAGAGCAGCAAGCCGUACUAUGCAGGAGACCACACAGCCACUGUCUGAUGAUUAUGGCGUAACUGAUGCAACCGAACCCAGACAGCGAAAGGAACUAGGAGCUGCACAUGCCCUUCUGAUGAGCCACACGCUGGAAUGUAGAAGAGCCAGCCAAGAGGACAUGGCCUUGGAAGACACAGCUUCUCAGCACAGUCUCUCAGAAGAGCAAUAGGUUCCGUUUGCACAAAGGAGAAUGCCUCUAUCAGCCUGAAAUUAAAACACAACUAGGUCACCUGAAGAAUGUUUUAAAGUUAUUUCAUAGGGUAAUGGGCAAAAUUAAAGGAUUUAUUUUUUUAAAUCUUCAGUGAAAAAAUAGCCUUUCAUGUAAAAGAUUUCAAUGUGGAAACAGAAUUGGCAUUUAGUGCUAUCCAAGAAUGCAGUGCAACUUCAUCUCAGGUUCCUGAAAAUGCAAGUGUCAUCGGAAGGAAAUUAAAAAACAAAAGCAAAAAUCUUGUUGAUCCGUUUCCUCUCAAAAAGUGCUGAUAUUCAUUGGAUGGAACUUGGAAAGCAUUUGGCAGGGGGUGAGAAACGGCAUACUUGGAACAGGGACUGAGAGCCACAGAAAAUCUGAAUGCAGUUCAGUGAAAAAGCACACCGACAUCUGUCUCUUGUCAUAACUGAAUAGAUGAUUGCAUGCUAAAUAACUGGCAUUUUAUACAUAAUGCAUCAGAAUGGAUUGUUUUUAAUUGAAGCAAUGAAUAUGUAACAGAAGAAAAAAUUGCAUACUCCAAGAUUAGUAUGCUGAAUCUUUAAAAAAAAAAAAAAAGAAAGAAAGAAACCUCUCAAAAGAAAGCCACAUUCUUCUGUCUGUUUGAAGUGUUCUGCAGCUGGCAAUUAUGUGCAGCAACAUAUUAAUCCAGAAGGAGGUCCACUGCAUGCAGCCAUAAUGAAAUAGUAUAUGGAAGUGCCAGGCAACAUGUUGCAAUGAACCAAAUAUAGCCAAUGCAUGAAAAGCCUUCACAAAGCCAAGAGUGCUCCUUAUUUGCAAACAAAGCAGCUUUCUCAAAAAGGUUGUUCUUAUACAGAGUUUCCGUUCAGACAUAACACCAAACCAGAGGUAAACGUGCCAGAGGUUUGAGUUUGUCAUUGUCCAAAAGCGUGAACCCAACUGUGGCUCCAUUCUUGCUCCCAAACCUAAACUUGAACCCUCGGUUUGUAGCUAGUUUCGCUGCUGAAACCUGAGGUUAGCAGGCAGCAUUGCACAAGCUCCUCCUGCCACUAUAGAUAAAGGCUCAGAGAAGCCCAGAAAUGCAUCCAUUCUAGGGCGGCCACCUCUCAGAGCUGAUGCUCCACCCUCUGCCAUCUCCUUGCUCCUAGGCAACAGGGAUGUCACAUCCCUGCAGUUCCUGCAUUUAAAGGGAUGGAACAGCAACAACACCACUGGUUAACAAUAUAACUCAUACUCCACACCUGCCCCCUUGCACCCAACCCUUCCAGACUUCAAAGUAGUCCAGACCGCUUUGGGUGUUCAAUCGGGUUCGGGUUGGGUGGGCAGACAAGGAGAGACUGGGGAUGAAUCCUACUUCCGAGUACCAGCUGGGUGUGAUGGUACAGCGAAUGAAAACCAACUACCAUGGGGCACUCUGGGAUGAGACACCUCUAAAUUAGAAUGGUCCCUGGCUAGCCAGGUGACCAUGAGAAGCUAAACCAAACAUGGAGAUGUGUUGUAGGGAAACCAGAUUCUUUUAAGGGGCAGUUAUUUUCUCAGUCCCUGGUAGCUGCCGGGACUGGGAGGGAUGUUGCCGAGUGACCCUUCCCAGGGCUUUGGUGAAACUGUCAGCCAGGCCAAAUGAUAAAAGCCCCCCCAGCCCGCAUGUGUGUCUCUUUAGCCAGGCACUCUCAUGAGAGAGUGGUCCACUCCGGAGUAAGAUCUCGCUUCAUCGCACAAGCAAAAGUUCUUGUGUGGUUUAAUCCUCUAGAUUGUAGGGGUGUGCCAAACCAGUCUGCAGCAAACCGGGCUGGCUAGAUCGCGGACUGCACUGGCUCGGCAAAAGGGGUUCAGUUCAUGAUCGAACUGGACCAAAUCUAGGUCGUCCGUGGACCAGUUCACUGGUUAAAGUGCCUGUGAGGACUACCCUUUGUUUCCUUACCAGUGAGGAUUACCCUUUGCUUCCUUUAAAACCGGCAGGCUUGUGCAGUGCUUCCCCCACCCUCUCAGCAGCGGCACACAAAUGGCCUCCACACAUGCAUGGUCAUCAUGUUGCUGAUCAUGCCGCAAAUGGCCUCCGUGCAUGCACUGAGAGAAUGGGGGGGGAGCUGCUCAGAGGGUGGGGGAAGCUCUGCACAGGCCUGCUGCUAAGCACCUUCUCUUUCAGUUUUAACGGCGCCUGCCCCUCACUGCUCCCCUGCCACCUUUUAGUAUCUUUGGAAGCAAAGGGGAAUCCUUACUGGGUUCCCCUUUACAAGCUGGUUCAGUUGGAUAGACUGGACCAGCCAGUCAAUUCGACUAAACCGGUUUGCGGACCACGGUCUGGUCCAAAUUUGAACCAAACCGCUCAAACUGGUUCCACACACACCCCUACUAGAUGUAUGGCUGUCCCCAUGAGGUUUUGCUGAGACCAAGCAUGCUUGUGCCUAGGGGGAGGGGAGGGGCCCCCCUUCCCCUACCCCCUUGUACAAAAAAAAAGACUACCAAAAAUGGAAGGGGCAAAUCCUAAGUAAUCUCGACCUACUCCUAGCAGUCUCAUCCUAUCCCUCAGUACUCAUACACAGGAUAGGGAUGGAGGUCUAGGGGAGGGAAAGUAGAAAUACCCAGAGAAAUGGGGAAAGGGGGACAUGUGUCUCCUGGCAUAUCUGCUAGAGAAUGGGCUGGUGUGGGUGUGUCACAAAUGUCAAUUGCUGGUCACAAACACAGGAGGAAAAAGUAGAGGGUACACUUGUGCAGUUCAGGAAAAGUGGGAAGAGAGGGGCCCAAUCCUCUCAUCUCAGGGGAGGGGAGGGGGGGCACAAGACCCUUCCUCUCCAAGUGCAGAAGACAGCGGUGCAAGCAGUCUGAGGAACAGGUUAAAAUGCCAAAAAGGCACAAUUGCUCCAAGCACACCGCCUCUAACUUUGUGGCUAAUGGCUUGUUAGCAUGCUGAUGCCUUCCCCACAGUCUGGCCUCAUGAGUGGAACAGACCUUGAUAGGAUGUGGUCUGGGUGGACUAGGAAGCGGGCGUGGGCGUUCCUCUGCUCAGAAGCCGCAGGUUGCCCAACUGCAGUAGUAGGUCAUCUGCAGCAGGAUUCCUGGCUUCACAGAUUAACCACAGCGUUGGCUACCCAAGGUUUCACACUAUGUCUGAACAGGGCUAUUAUCUUGUACUCUUGUUUGGUGGACAGAAAUCCAUGCCUGUUUCUGAAACCAAGAGACUGACCACCACUAUAAAGUAGUGUAGUUCUCACUCUCUCUCUCACACAGACAUGUCAAUUCUUUUGUAAUUAAAGAGUUUACAACUACCAA